AUGGCAAAAAAAGAACAAGUUGAAAUAAUCAAGUUGCCACCCCACUCUAGCCACCUCCUUCAACCGUUAGACCUUUCGGUUUUCAAACCAUUGAAAACAUAUUGGGAUCAAGCUCUAGUGAAGUGGCAGAGACAACAUAUUGGGAAAAAGCUCCCAAAAAGUGAAUUUUCCAAGAUAGUAGGGAAAUUAUGGCUCGAAACCAAAAUUGAAACCAUUUGUAAUGGAUUCAAGAAGGGAGGAAUCUAUCCAUUCAACGAUAAAAUUAUCCCAAAUGAAAAAUAUGAUCCCAUUUUACUACAGAAAUGGCAAUCACUGAAUUUGCCAGAACAUGCUGACAAUGGAUCGAAUCAGCAAGAUCAGACGCUUCCAGAUCCCACUACAAGCAUUAGCAUUAGCUCUGCUAGUGCUCAGGUACUCCCACAGUAUACUGCAUGUACCAGUUCAGAUGUUCAUCAGGCACGUUCAGAGCCUACUGUAGGCACCAACUCAGAAAAAGUUCGUUUUGAAGAGCUACUCAUAUCCACAAUCAAACAAAGUCAAUCUGAAGCACCUAAGAAGAAAAGGAAAGUGGCCACUGGUGCAGAAGUCGUGACAGGGGAAGAAGUUUUACAGCGCAUGAAAGAAGAAGAAAUGGCUAAAUCUACAGUGAAAAAAGUUAAGAAAAAUAAAAGAAUCAGAAAAGAACCGAGUAUAGAUGACAUGAUAUCCGAAGAGAGUGAUGCUGAAUUGAGUUUGCACGAUAGCGAAGACGAUGUCAACGAAUCAUUACUUACUAUGGUUGGAAGAGAGCAAGAUGAUGAAGCUGAUAUGGAUGAAUUCAAUACCGAUGCAAUUGACAUGGUGAUACUCAGCUGGGUGCUUGUCAAGUUCCCAACAAAAAAAACUAUCAGGCAUUUUGUUGGCCAAAUAAUUGAGAUGGUAGAAAAUGAACCAGUGGUCAAAUUCGCCAGAAAAAUUAAUAAAGUAAAACUUACUAGAAAAACAGUAUUUGUCUUCCCAGAUAUCGAAGACUCUAGUUUAAUAUCUGAAGAAAAUAUCAUUCGAGUUCUACCCACCCCAUUAUAUGGACGCCGAGGAGAAAUAGAAUUUCCAGUUGAUUUCUCAAACUAUAAUGUUUAA